UAUAUUGACAAUAUUUAUUGGUUUUGAGUGUUUUACUAACCUUAGUGACUUAAUUUGUGCAGAGAAAAAAUGGGAAGCUAUGCAAAAGCAGUGCACAUAUUGCAAAAGCAAUUAAUGGCAAUAGUUCUUGAAAACCUAGGCUUGAAUGCAAACUACUUGCAUGAUGAGAUUGAAAAAGGUUCUCAAGCCAUAACUGUAAACUGCUACCCACCAUGCCCAAAACCAGAUCUUACACUCGGGAUCCCACCACACUCGGAUUAUGGAACCCUAACAAUCCUAAACCAAAACCAACAAGGACUCCAAAUCAUGGACAAAGAUAGAAAAUGGCACUCUGUACCAUUUAUACAAGGAGCAUUAACAGUUCAAUUAGGAGAUCAAAUUGAAGUGAUGAGCAAUGGUAGAUACAAGAGUACUUUUCAUCGAGCAACUGUGAACAACAAGAGGAAUCGAUUAUCGAUUGCUAGUCUUCAUAGUCUGCCAAUCGAGAAGAAGGUAGGGCCCGCACCACAGCUCGUUGAUGAACAGUAUCCCAUAGCCUACAGAGAGGGAAGCUUUGGUGAAUUUCUUGAUCAUAUCUCUAAGAAAUGUCUAUCAGAAACUAGGUACAUAGACACAUUGAGAAUUCUGUGAAAGAUGAUAUGGUUUCAGAACAAUAUGAGCAUGUAUCAAGCAACUCCCCAUACACCUC